AUGCUCGAGGCAGACAACCAGCGGACUAGAGGCCAGAGGAAUCUUUGUUCGCAGUCGUCAUGCUGGGAGCAGGUUGCUCCGCACGGCGCAGACCCAGGACACACUAACCCCCUUUACACAGCUCAUGAAUUCUGCCCGAUGCCACAUUCCACCAUGCGAGUGUGACACUUCCAAGUGUUGCGUCGUGCUUUUUUUCCUGUCGCGCUUCCGAGUGCCCCGACCGAGGGAACACCGAGCAAAGUGUGGGCUGCCCUCGUGUAGGCUUCUGUACCGAGUGUUUACCAAUCUCCCCGGCUGUUGUGUCUGACAAACUUUGCUGUGCAUCGCGGCCGUCCCGGCACCGUCAACACAGUGCAGGAUGGAUGAACUGAUUUGUUGUCGCUCCGGGUGUGUGGUGGUCGUGUUGUAGACAAGAAGUGCCGAGCUGACGUUUUGCUUGUUGUUUACGAAGCAGAUCGGAAACAAAACAAUGGCGGGAGCAAAGCCAGGGGUACAUGUGGUGCAACUCAAGCCCAUCUCGGUGCCAGAAGAUCUCCUGAGGGGGAACAAGUUCAUAAUGUGGAACGAUAAUUCAACCAUCGGGAACCCCGUGACGCUGAAGGUUGGAAAAGGAUAUUUUCUGUACUGGAGAGACCAGAACAAGGAGAUGGACUGCCUGGAUAUUUCCGUGAUCAGGGAUACCCGAACGGGGAAGUACGCCAAGGUGCCGAAGGAUUCCAAGCUGAAAGAUUCGCUGAUGAUCGGCCGGCAGGACAUCGCACUGGAGGACAAGACGGUCACUAUAUACCAUGGCAAUGACAUGGUCAAUGUAGAUGUUGUCAACUUUGUCUGCUCCAGCAGAGAUAUAGCCCAGCUUUGGACAACAGAGCUGCUCAAGUACUCCGUCAACCUGCUGAGCAUGAACAACUGCUCACUGUCCUUCUUGCACAAGUGGUACACCCGUACCAUGCUUAUGCUGGGCACUGAUGGCAAAAUUCCAGUGAAAAAUAUUAUCAAACUGGUAGCCAACAACAGAGAGGACAGACGGAGAGUGGAAAAAGCACUGGAAGCUGCUGGACUUGCAUCUGGAGCAGGUGAUUCAAUAGAUCCAAACCAAAUGACGUUUGAGAAGUUCUUCAAUUUCUAUCACAAGUUGAUUGCCAGAGAUGAGGUGGACAAAAUCUUUGCCGACAUAGGAGCAAAGAAGAAACCAUACCUGACAGUGGAGCAGUUCACGGAUUUUCUAAAGGACUCACAGCGGGAUCCACGACUGAAUGAAAUUCUUUACCCUUUUCCAACCAAAGCUCGAGCUCAGGAGAUUGUCAGCAAUUAUGAAAGCAAGUCAGGCAUGGCACACAGAGGACAUCUGUCAUUGGAAGGUUUCUUAAAAUUCCUAAUGUCAGAGGACAACAACUUGAUACCAGGGGAUAAACUUGACUUGAGUGAAGACAUGAGCCAGCCUCUAGCCCACUAUUUCAUCAAUUCUUCUCACAACACAUACCUUACAGGUCAUCAGUUGACAGGAAAAUCUUUAGUGGAGAUGUACCGCCAAGUGUUGUUAAGUGGCUGUCGAUGCAUCGAACUAGACUGCUGGGAUGGCAAAACAGAUGAAGAACCUAUGAUAACACAUGGUUACACCAUGUGUACUGAUAUUCCCUUUAAGGAUGUUAUAGAAGCCAUAGCAGAGAGUGCCUUCAAGACUUCAGACUUCCCUGUGAUUCUUUCAUUUGAAAACCACUGCAGCCCUCGACAGCAAGCAAAAAUGGCUCAUUACUGCAGAACAAUCUUUGGUGAGAUGUUGCUUGAUGCACCAUUGGACUCCCACCCAUUGAAACCAGGUGUCCCACUACCCAGCCCUAAUGAUUUGAAACGGAGAAUCAUAAUAAAAAAUAAAAAAAAGCAUGUGCACAAAGAAGCUCAUACUACUAAAUCAAGUUCAUCAGGUACUAAAGAGUCUUCAAAAUCCAAAGUUAUGUCUGAAAGUGAAGACAACAAAGCAAAAGCCAUCGCAGAAGCUGAGGAUGCAGCUGGUGAAGCAGACGUUGUAACAACCACGUCAGGACGGAAAGCCAGUGGAACAGAGUCAUCGCCAACACAUGGUCCUUUGAUGAAGAACAUGUCCAUCAGCAGCUAUGGGGAGAAGGCAGAUGACCUCUUUGAAAGUGAAAGUGAUUCAAGUGACAGCGAUGAAGAGAUAUCAUCAGCAGAAUUAUCGGAAGAAGAGAAAAAGAGACGACAGCGAGUAAAAAGGGACAAGGGUACAGCUGGUAAAGAAGCAGAAGCAGCUUCUGAGAUGUCAGCCUUGGUCAACUACAUUCAGCCAAUCCACUUUCACUCCUUUGAAGCAUCAGAAAAAAGGAACAAAUCAUAUGAAAUAUCCUCUUUUGUGGAGACACAGGGAACAAGUUACUUGAAAGAAUUUCCUGUAGAUUUUGUCAAUUACAACAAGAGGCAACUGAGUCGGAUAUACCCAAGAGGAACAAGAGUAGAUUCCAGCAAUUUCAUGCCUCAGGUUUUCUGGAAUGCUGGCUGCCAGCUUGUGGCACUUAAUUUUCAGACACUUGACCUAGCUAUGCAACUAAAUCUUGGGAUUUUUGAAUACAAUGGACGCUCAGGAUACAUCCUAAAACCUGACUUCAUGCGCCGCUUUGACAGACAUUUUGAUCCCUUUGCUGAAUCUACUGUUGACGGCAUCGUUGCUGGAACGGUGUCUGUCAAGAUUAUAUCUGGUCAGUUUCUGUCAGACAAACGAGUUGGUACCUAUGUUGAGGUUGACAUGUAUGGCCUACCAACUGAUACAGUUAGGAAGAAGUUCCGUACUAAAGCAGUCUCUAGCAAUGGCUUGAACCCAGUGUAUGAUGAAGAGCCAUUUGUCUUCAAAAAGGUUGUGUUGCCAAAUUUAGCUACUCUUCGACUGGGGGUUUAUGAAGAAACAGGCAAGCUCAUUGGCUUUCGUAUCUUGCCUCUAGAAGGUCUUCGACCAGGUUACCGCCACAUCCCUCUGAGGAACGAAUGCAAUCAGCCAUUAAUGCUGCCCACCCUCUUUGUGUUAAUCAGCGUUGGAGACUACGUGCCUGACCAACUUGCUGCUUAUGCAGAUGCUCUGUUGAACCCUAUCGCCUACAUCUCAAAACUAGAGAAGCAUGCACAUCAACUGGAGAUUCUUACAGAGGACUUUGAUAGUGAUGAAGAGCGUCUUCCGGAUGAUUUAGCUGAUCAGUCUGAUUAUAAAGCAGGCAAACGCAGGCCUACUAUCAAAACCUCAAGACAGAGUGACCAGAGCUCAAAAGAAGAGACGAUGGAGAAACUUUCAAGGACCUGUACUCAGGAGGUGGAGGAACGAGAAAGAGGCGAUGAAGUUGAUGGUCUAUCACCAAUAAAGACUUUAGAAGAAAAAAUGCAGCAGCGGCAGAAUUCUGUAAAUCGUGCUGCCCGCAGAGUGGACAUGAGCCCUACGGGUGAACAGAAUCCUGGGGGAAUACAGCCUGGUCGUCCAUCCUUGAAUCGCAUGACAUCAACUGGCCAUAUGGGCGUCAGCAAACAAGAGAGUACCCAGUCAGUUUCAAGUCAGACCAGCAAUAGUUCAGGAAGGUACCUGAAGUUGUCAGACGCAAAUCUUCAGUUGUUACUGUGUGGAAAUCCUAUGCAUAGAAUGCAAUCAACGUAUCUGGGAGAAAAUGGGUCAGUAGGAUUUGCACAAAACUCAAAACUGAAUGACCCAGCUAUCCUUACCCCAACACCUUUAGAAGAAUUAAAGACAUGUAAAGCAUUCCAGAAAGCUCUGGCCAAGAGAGAUAAGGAGCUGGAAAAUCUUCAGCGCAAACAUGAAAAGGCCCGGGAAAAUCUCCGAGAGCAGCAAUUGCUGCAGCUGGACAAGCUGAUUAGAUCCCAGACGCGCGACCGCAUUGCUCUUGAGAAGUCGCACACAAAAAGUCUGAAAAAAAUUGCAAAGUGUGGCAAAAAUGUGGAAGAGAAGCAGCUUGUUUUCAAGGGAGAACUGCAGGAAAUGCUUAAUACCCAGGACCACCAGCACCGAGAGAUGAAGUAUCAGCAUAUCCAGAAAUAUGUAGCUCUGACAAGAGAUCAGUACCAGGCAGAAAUGGAUCUCUUCCUGCAGCAUCACGAACCUGUCUAUGAGGCUCUUGCUGCUGUCAUGGCCAGCAAUCAUGAGUGCCAUCAGAAAGCGCUGGAUGAGGUCCAUGGCCGGGAUGUGGUGGAGCUGCAGAAAGCUAUGGACCCUCAGUUUCGAGAGCAGAUGAAGAUGUUGGCCAAGAAGCACAAGGACAAGCAGGAGUUGUCAAGAAUUAAACGUGAAGCACAGCAAAAGCAUGUUGGAGCUGUAGUCACUGAAAGGCAAAGGCUGAAAGAUAUCUUGGCCAAAAGGAAGGAAGAUUUACAGAGGAAACUAGAAGAAGUAUGCAAAGAGGCUGAACGUGAUAAGGAACAGGCUAAAGCCCGUUACCUUGAAGAGUAUAAUGAGAAGUGCGAGAAGCUUCAGGAGAGGCUAAAGGCAGAAGUGCAAGCCCUUGGCAUGGAUGGAGAUGACAUUGAUGAUGACAAUGCAAACCAUAAUCCCUUCCCAGAAUCCAGCAGUGCUACUCGCCCCACCUCACUUCUUGACAAUGGACUGGAUAAUUCUCCAAGCAAAAUGAAAGGUUCCUACGUGUCCAUCAUCACUGUGAAUGGCUCAGACAGUCAGGUGUGCAGUCCUGUUUCAGAGACAAGUGGCAAAAUCUCACCUGACCAAGAGGACCCCAGCAGUGAGAAUGUGUCAGCCAGUGGCAAAGUGAACAGUCAAGAAGAGUUGACGAGCAUGUGAAUAUUAUGUCAAGUAGAGACAUUUACCCAAGACAUCUCUUGCAGUGUUUGUGACUGACACUUUAGUACACAAAAGUCAGUCAUGAUCUGGAUACAAUUUAUGACAUUCUUUACUUCAGAGUGUCAGCAGGUGACUGUUGCCACAAAAGUGCAGUCUGUUACAGGUUUUUACUGUCUGUGCAUUGUUGAUGGUUACUGCCAUCAGGGGAGACUGUAACUGAGGUACCUUCUUCAGUAGUCAAAUUUUGUCAAAUAUGUGACUAAGUUUGGAACAAAUUUUAUGUAGUCAUCUUGUAAAACUUUUCCAAACAUUUUCAUAUAUGUCUGGCUAAGGAGGCCCUUAAAGAUGAUGCAUGAUAACUCAUUGUGGAAAUAUUUUUUAUAGUAACUUAUGCAGAACUGGCAUUUUCUUGUGAUAAUCUUGAUAAGUUCAAGACUUAACUACAGCUGGAUGUGAUAAUGAAAUUGAUUUCUGACUUUGGUGGUUAUAUAGUACUUCUGCAAAUAACAUUUUUGUGUAUUGUGAAGAUAAAAGGACACUUUUCUGUGCUGUCAAGAAUAUUAUAAAAUGGCUCUUAGCUGUUCUUUAAUUUUCCUUGACUGUAGGUGUAAUUAAAAUAUGACAUUUUUUUACGUCGAUUACUUUUGCUUGUAAUUUAAUAUUUUGUGAAAAAUUUAAGGGUCAAAAAGAAAUUUAUGAAGAUGGACUAAACUGGAAUUUUUCAAUAUUUUGUAAUCAAAACCAGCAACUGGGCAUUUCUGUACAUGCAUUUGUCUGUUUUGUUGUACCUCUGUUUGUAUUUCUUGUUUACCGAUACCAUAAUAUUUUCUUGCAUUCCCUUUAUUGCGCUUGUGCAGUUAUUCUCAAGAUGAAGUGCAGAAACAUAUUCCAGUAAGUGCAAAACUUUCUAAAGUUGAGAUUUGUCAAGUGUUGUGGCCUGGAGGCAUGCUAUCUUCUCUCAGGAAAUCAUUCUCUUGUAAAGAUAUUUUGGCUGUAAUACACCACACCAAUCAGUCUUUAAAGUGCGGAGAAAGGCUUAAUUAAUUUGCACUGUAUUUUUGCUUGAGACUUUUCAGUAUGCUAUGCCAAGCGCCUAAGAUGUGUACACACUAAUGAUGCGCAUUUAUUUGUCAUAGUAUAGGCCAUAGAACAAUGCAUUUUUAGUAAAAGAUUUCAUUCUGUAAAAUGAAAUAUGAGACACUGCAUAUUUAGUAAAAGAAUUCAAUAUGUAAAAUGAAAUAUGAGAACAUGAUCUCACUCUAAAAAAAAGUAUUUUAGUAGUUUCAGAUAAUAAUUAGGUGUAAAUAAUAAUAGGUGUGUAUUUUGUGUAUUCAGUAGAUGCCAUUGAUACAUGGCUAAUCAAAAGUCGGCCUCAGCUCUUUAAAUUGUCUUACUUUUAGAAGGGUAAAAAGUGUCAAAAAAUAAUGCUUUUGGGCAAUCAAACUUAACAGAAUGUGAGAGAGGGGGUUCUUCCUUUUUUUUUUUUUUUUUAAUUUGCUAUUUGCAAAAUCACCAGUACUAACCUCCAAUUCUCUUUGGCCAGAGCGAGCUCAUAUUUCAUGUCUACUAACCUUGACUGAUGAGGUGAUUUGCAAUCUCUCUCCCCUACCCCACCCACCUCUCUCUCUCUCUUCUGUCUAGCACUCACUGAAGGCAUUGUUGACUUCACAAUGGAAGAAAACCUGCUAUAAUUCUUUUGUUUCUUAAAAGAAAAAAAGGCAAAGAUCGGCAUUCUGGGUGCGUCUGCCAAACCCAGAUAUGAUUCAGGAGACUCCACUCCUUAUGCUUUGUUUAUAAAAUCCUAACCUCGUUUUUUUCAUUUGCUUGCACUUUUUGCAUUUUUUUGUAUUAAGUCUUUUACACCUAUCCUGACUAGUUCAAGAAAUGGCCAAGCACAAUAACCAAGUUUUAUUGAUAAUUUAAGAGGUAUACUUCUUUAUUAUUCUUUUAGUUUGGUCCACUGUUUCUUUGUGAUGGAAAUUUCAUUGAAGAAAGCACCAGUUGGGGAAUACUUUAUUUUUGUAAAUGUUGUUAACUUUGUUAUACAAGUUCUUGUUCUGUAUACAGAACUGGUUGCAUGCAAUACUAUUAUUCUUGUGUCAGGUAGGUAUUUGAUAAUGGUGGCCAUGAAUAGUUAAUGAUUAUUGCAUUAUGUAGACAUCCUCAUAAGAUGCCUUAUAGACUGGUGCUUGCUAGUCUGCCAUCUUCCAUCACCAGGUGUGAGGUGCUUUGAUUGAUUGUUGUUGCUUCCAUGCCAUUAAAAAUUAUAGAGGCAUGUAAAUGUCUAGGUGAAAAGAUCGGAUAUAUUUUAUAAGACUUUUAAGAUUCUGAAACCUUUGGAGUUGGUUCCCCCCACCACCACACACACCCCUAACAUUAUUUCCUCCCCUACCCCCGUCGGUGGUAGCUCAUUGGUUACACAUGAUUCAGUUCUGUGUGUAACCAGAUACUCUUGAAAAUAGGUGGAAGAAACUGUGAUCAAAUCAUGGUAGAGGAGGGUUGGCUGGAGGCAGAAAUGGAUUGCACAGCUGAUCACUUUUUCUUUGCCUAUAUAUAUAAAUAUAGAGUAUUGAUCUGGAGGACCCAAAGAACCAAAGAGAUGUAAACAUCAAGACAGAAACAUCCCAGUCCCUGGACAUUCCCUUCCAUGACUCAAUAACUGCCCUUCCUUAGCAUCAGGGUACAAUACUAUGAACAGCAAUGCCCAUUUUCAGAAGCCAUAGCUACUAAAGAGCUUUAAUAUGUACAUUGGUCUCAGUUCAGGCUGAUGCCUUGACCACUGUCCAAGCUUUUUUUUUUGGGUUGUUAUGGCCAUCUUUUCUUUAGCUCUGACCUUUUGACAAUUAUUACCAUGUGUUGUGGUUUCUCCCAAGAUGGUGAUGUGUACUGACUACAGGUUAUCUUAAAUACAUGACUGUUUACCUCAUGCACCUUCAAAGGUACGGAGAAAGAACAAUUAGCUAUGUGGCAGUCAUAAGUAUGAAUAACUGGUCAGCUUGUCUUUAACGUUUUAAGUCAUUCCAUGUAGCAUGCAUCUAGUUGGUUAUGACUCUAAUUUCAACUGCUUGACACCUUAACACUUUAUUCUGUUAUUCUCAGACUGCAACACCUGACCAUGAUGUUGAUUGCCUUUCCUGGCUUUCUUCCACUCACAGGUUUGAGUCAUCUAGUUACAUGAAUGCAGUGAGACUUCACUGCUUGGUUUUUUUGUGCAGUAAUGCAGAGAUUGUGGAUUGUAUGCGAAAGGACCAACUCUUACUUAAAAACAGGCUUUUAGCAUCUGUCCUGUUUGCAUGAAAUAAGUGUGUAAAGAUCAAUAUUCAAGGGUGUGUUAUAAGUGUGUUUGGAGAAACAUUUUAUAAUUAUUGCUUUGCAAGGAGGAGGAGAAUAUUCAUCCUUCAGGAUUGUUAUAGCAGAAGUGCCCCUGUUGCAUGGUAAUUACAUUUCAAUUAUUUUUGUAUCAUGUAGCUCACUCCCAUGAAUGUUUCUUUUCCUUCCCUUGCAUUUCCAGGACGUGUGUAUCCUGCAGUGUUCACAUUCCUAACUCUGUGUGUGUGUAUAUAUAUAUAUCUCAGUACUUUUAUAUGCUAUGUGAAUUAUUACCCUUCAGGACCUCGAGCUUUCAUGUUUGUGUCAAAUAUCUUCUGAUAUACUUUAGCAUGUUGUUGAGAAGUACUCAAAAGCACAACCUGUCUUCUAAUACAGUGUGUUGUCGAGAAGUACUCAAAAACGGACCCUACCCAUCUUGCAUUAUUGGUGUUGUAUGGGAAAAGAAGGGAGUAUUUGGACCUUUGUACGCCUUUGUGUAUAUUAUGUAUUUCAAGGUUAGGAUCUCCUUUUUUUUUCCAAUGCAAAUUUUCAGAUGCAAAAGAGUUUGAGAUUAUCAGCUCAUUCGAUGGUGUUCAUUCUCUUUAGUAAAGGAGCAUUUUAAGCUGUGUGACAUGGUUGUGAUAUGUAUAUUAGACAGUGAUUUUGGUUCUUUUCAUGUAUGGCAAUAAUAAUUUUGUUAUACAUUUUGCAUGUGUGAGUAUAUGUAACAUUCAUUUGUGGAUAACCAAAAUUUGAUUUGUUAUGUAGCUUUUAUGUUUACAUAAGUGCUGCACAGUUCUUUUUGUUGUUUUUUUGUGACUCUUGGGUUUUUUAAAAAUUAUUAUUUUCCUCUGCAUGUGUGUGUGUGCAUGUGUUGGGGAAGGGGAAGGGUAGCAUUUUAUUCUUGCAUGUUUAAGAAUAGUGCACAUGUUCCGAUGCCUGCCAUUAUCAUACAUCACUUUACUUGGAGGUGAGUUACAUUCAUGAAGUCUCAUAAUCCAAAUGAAGAAGUCACUGCCUUGUACCUCCAGCAUCAAAGGCUUUUUUGUGGAAGUUUUAAAAGCCCAAACAGAGAGAGAGUGCAGAACGCUUCAUUCUUUCACACCUGGCACCAUAAUAUUUUUGUAAAAUGUCACUUUAUUUUGAGAUUUUCUGCCUGAAAAUUGUACAAGAGUGUUUUCUAUAAUAUUUAUCAAAUAUUCAUGCACUGUUAUAGAAGUUUAUUAGUGCAGUGCGUGCCCAGCUAUGGUCUGAAGUUUGGGGGAUAUAUUUAAAACAGAACUUUUCUAAACUUGUUCAAGUUCCUUCCAGCGUCACCUGAAUUUAAAUGAAAAAUAAACCCUUUGGAGCUACAUUUCCUCAGAUGUUCAAUACCUUAUUCUGUGUGUUCAUGUUGAACUAUCAUUGAAGUGAAAAUGCUUUUUGCUCAAAGUAUUGGAAGUUAAUUACAAAUGUAUGUAAAGGCAUGUGAAGAAUUAGAACAUUUGUUCUUUUGGAAAUUUUUGUGCAUUUUCAAAUUGUAUAAGGAAACUUGUAUUCAGCGUAAUAUUUUCUGUGAAAUCUGCAUUCACUUUGAUCAAUUUAUCAGUCACAUACACCUACCUUGCUGAAUGCAGGCAGUCAUACAGACAGGCAGUGAUGGCACUAUUCAACUUGCAAACCUGUUCAAACUUUAGCUACAUGUCAGUCAUGUGCCUUUCUGUGCACAAGUAAUAUUGUUAAUGUUAAGUGUGUUUAUUUUUGUGGUUUGUACAUUUUGUACAGUACAUCUACCAAAAUGUGAUACAUAUUUAAAAUAUUUGCAAAGCAGAAUGGCAUUGCAAUUUAUAUAAACUUGAAUUUAUCUUUAUAAACUGAGCAAAAUAGAUUGUGUACUAUUGUACUACUCCUUACAGAUUAUCAUGCAUUGAGAGUGCUAGAAAACCAAAUGCUGAUCUCCAGUUUUGUUGGAAUGUAACAUAAAGGCUUCUUCUGCCCAUGAAGCAACCAAUAAAUAAAGCCUUCCAUGUAUUUAAAAACUAGCUCUAAAAGAGACAUUUGGUGGAGACAGGCUUGCUAUUAUUAUGUCAGUAAUGAUUAGUAUGGCUUCAGCUGUACUUUGAGCUCCAAGUCUAAGGGUCUUGAAGCACAAACUUAGGCCAUUUUUACACUUUGUUGAUUUCCUCAAAAGGAGAAGAAUGGGGAUAAGUGCUAGUUUAUACAAGACAGAAAUGUCAAUAGUUAAUGCCUUUUUUUUCCUGGUCUUGGGAGGAAGUUGUAGUGUUUGGAAUUACUUUUGAUUUUUAUGAACUGUUUUGUUGAAGGAUGGGGUUAUGUAUUAAUAUUGAGAAAACAUUUUAAUGUUUCAGGUAAUUGCAGAUUUACCAGUCCUGCAUAGUAUGCAGAGACCUGUGUCAUUGAACAAUGGUUUUUGUUUUUGUUAUUUUAUUUUUUUCUGUUUUUGGUUUUGUUUUGUUUUUUAUGGUGGGAUAUGUAUGUCAUCUGACCAUGUCAAAACUUAAAAGGUACUAAAAUAUAAGAAAGUUUGACCUUUCCCAAAAGAAUCAUUAAAUCCAGAUUUCACUUAUCUGUAGUACAAUUUCAAUACUAUGCUGUUUAAAAGCAAAGAGACAAGUUGAAGAAUUUUUUUCUCUAUACCUGAAAAUGGCAAGAUUUGUAACCAGUGAUGUGUGACAUUGAAUUAUGUUCAUUAAGUUAUAGCAUAUCAGCCAAACCUGCCUGUAUUAUAGCAUAUUGGCCAAACUUGUCUGUAUAUCACUAAUCAGAUAGAAACAAAAUGUGGUACAAGUGAACUCUGUAAAUUGUGUGUCACUUACCAGAAAUAUUUGUCUAAAGUAGUCCAGUUAUAUUGAAAGUGUGUUGAUACUGUAAUUAAAAACAUGUUGUUUUAGGAUACUUGGAUUAAAUUUAUUUUUUGAGUGAAACAGUAUGACUGUUGGUUUAAAAUUUGUUGCACCAUGCAUUUAUAAUUGAAAAAAAUAAUAGGUUUUCACUUUGAGUACCUUUUUUUCUUGAUUGUAAUGUGUCUCCACAGAAUUUUGUUUUCCUAUCAUUAAAUGAAGGAAUCCUUUCACAUGCAUUUAUGAGUGCACACACGUGCUGACGUGCACAUCAUGCAUCACUCAUGUUCAUAUUGACAGCCAUUUUGUGAUAUGCACACCAUCAUUUUCAGACAAUCUGAGGAUGGGACCAUUCCUAGUUUGCGUCUGCUUUCAUAUGGUAGAGCAGACUAUUGUGAGAAAGAGGCAAAGGAAUCAGUGCCUGACCAAAGCAUCAGAAAUAUUUCAGUUAAUUCUAUGCUAGUCUUUUUUUUUCUUUUUAGGCUGAAGAAUUUCAAAGGAUUUUGUUUGUGGAAAGCAGAUAAACAGCAACUUUCAGCUAGUAUGAAAACAUACAAAUGGCAUACUCAAAAGAAUUACUUAUAUAGUUUAAUAACAGGCUACAUACUGAUAAUGAUAUAUGCCAUAUACUGUACCAUCACUGUACUGCAAACUGCGUUAUGAAAUUUGAAGUCACUAUCAAAUAUUUUAAGUGAUGGAGUUUUUUGGAAAGCAUGUUGGAUGGUCUUGCUAAUUCAUAAAGAAUUGAUGCCCAACAUAUAAA